AUGGGAGGGGGAUACUGGUGUGGCAAAGUUUUAAAUAAACUUCGUAAGUGUGAAGAUGCAGAUAUACGACGGGCUGCUAAGAACGUGUACGAGAAAUGGAAGACACACUUUAUCACAGCUCAUAUGUGUGUGUUAUUGCUGGACGGCAGUGAGCUUUCCCAGGCAAUCGAGAGGGAAACCUUCCAUGAACACAAAGGACUCAUAAGCAAUGCUUACAAGCGGACUAUAAGAAAUCUUGUGUUGGUGUUAACCAAUCAAGCGGAUAUACGGGCCAAAGUGUUACCUGGGAAAAUCAAUGUAACAGGUUUUGUGAAGACCAACACAAAAUCCGGAAGCAUGUUGAUUAAAUAA